ACACGGCGAAAGUUUUAUGCCCUAAUGUUUAAAAUACCAGGAUGGAUGGGUUAUCCCCUUGUGGGUCUGGCUCUAAAGUUUGUUAAACAAGACCCCUUGAAUGUGAUACACACACUCAAUGAGUCAUAUGGCCCAUUUACGUAUGUAUGGAUGCUUACUUAUCCGUCAUUGCUUAUAGCCGAACCGGAUAUAAUCCGAGAUAUAUUAACAUCGCCUUGCUGUACGAAUAAAAGUGUCUUUUAUGAACCGAUUCACAAAGGUAUUGGAAAAGGUCUAAUUUCUUUGAAUGAUCCGAAAUGGAGCGUCCAUAGAAAACAUUUGGAUCCUGUCUUUGGUUUUAAAAUAUUACAGAGUUUCAUGCCGAUCUUUAAUGAGGAGGUGAAUAAGCUUGUAAAACGAUUCAAAGAAAUCAAUGAAUGUCCGGAUGUGAUAACUUUGUUCAUGGAUUUUACAUUGAAUAUCGCCAUAAAAACAACAUUGGGAGUUGAUGUGGCCCAAGAGUUCGGAAAUAUAUCCAAUAAUGGCAUACUCGGAAGCUUUCAAUGUCUUAUGGAGAAUGGAGCUCAAAUGGUGUUUAAUCCAUGGUUGGCCAAUGAUUUGAUUCGGAGGUUAACGGGUGUGUACGAACCAUUCCACAGCCGCAGAAUAGAAAACCACAAGUUUAUUAGAAGUCUCAUCAACAAAAAAUUAAAUGAAGAUGGUGCCACUCAAGUCGAGUCUAAAAAUGGUAAUAUUUUCAUAGACAAAACCAUUGAACUUUUUAGAAGGAAUAUCUUUACAGAGCAGGAUGUGGAAGACGAAUCCAAGACUAUUGUUUUUGGGGCAUACGAGACUACGACUAAUACAGUUGGAAAUGUUCUCAUUUUGCUGGCAAUGUUUCCCGAAUAUCAACAAAAAGUCUACGAGGAACUACUGGCCAUAUUUCCAGAUGACGGAGAUUUUGACGUCACCUAUGCAAAUAUUCAAGAUAUGACCUAUAUGGAUAUGGUUAUCAAUGAAACUAUGCGUGUACUGACACCAAUACCAUUCGUAGGACGUCAAAAUUCACAAGAUAUCAACCUAUCAAAUGGAAUAGUCGUACCAGCGGGAGUAAACAUUUUAAUUAAUAUUUUUACCAUGCAUAGACGUAAGGAUAUAUGGGGCCCCAAAGCUGACGUAUUUGAUCCUGACAAUUUUUUGCCUUCAAACAUGGAAGGCAAACAUCCAUAUGCAUUUAUUCCCUUUACAAAGGGAAUUCGAAGCUGUAUAGGAUGGAAAUAUGCGCUUAUGUCGAUGAAAGUAACCCUGGCAAAGUUGUUACGGAAUUUCAAGUUUAGCACAGAUUUCCAAUAUGCUGAUUUGGAGUUUGAUUAUACAAUUACGCUGAAUCUAAAGCAUGUUCCAGUUUUAAGGAUAGAAAGUAGAUAA